ACAAAACCAUUAAAGAUGGGCUGGGCCUAUUUUCUAAAGUCCACACGGAACAAAACCCAGCGGUGCCUCAUCUAUAGUUUCUCCUCCAGAAUCAAUCCGAUUAAAGAAAGGGUUUUUUGUUCUCCAAGUUUCUCCAGAAUCCAUCUUGCUCGAUUCUGUUCUUCAGAAAUUCGCCUGCUUGUUUCUUCAAUCAGACGAGUAAACAUGUAUUUUGAUGGUUAUGGCUAUCAUGGAACAUCCUUUGAGCAAACAUAUCGAUGCUACCCUGCAUCUUUUAUUGAUAAGCCCCAGUUAGAGAAUGGUGAUAAAAUUAUAAUGCCACCUUCAGCCCUUGAUCGCCUUGCUUCUCUUCAAAUUGAUUACCCAAUGUUGUUUGAGCUACGGAAUUCUGCUACCGAGCGAGUUUCACAUUGUGGGGUUUUGGAGUUCAUUGCAGAAGAAGGCAUGAUUUAUAUGCCUUAUUGGAUGAUGGAAAAUUUGCUUUUGCAAGAAGGUGACAUUGUGCGAGUGAAAAAUGUGACACUCCCAAAGGGUACUUAUGUUAAGUUACAGCCACACACAAAGGACUUUUUGGAUAUCUCCAACCCAAAAGCAAUCCUAGAGACAACGUUGAGGAACUUCUCUUGCUUGACUACUGGAGAUAGCAUAAUGGUGGCAUAUAACAAGAAGAAAUAUUACAUAGAUAUAAUUGAAUCCAAACCUUCACACGCAAUAAGUAUAAUUGAAACUGACUGUGAGGUGGACUUUGCUCCUCCUCUAGAUUAUAAGGAGCCUGAGAGAGUUGUCCCUUCAAGCAAGGCACCAGCGCAAGGUGAGGAGGCUGCCCCAGUCGAGGAGCCAAAGUUCAACCCAUUCACGGGAUCAGGGAGAAGAUUGGAUGGUAAGCCUUUGAAGUACGAGCCACCACCUAAAGAAAAGAAACCUGCUGCUGCUGCUGCUGCUGGUGAGUCAUCAUCAUCUACUUCACAAACAACAUCUCGUCAAUUACAAGGAAAGCUUGUGUUCGGUUCUGGUUCAAACCCCCAAAAGCAAAAGGAAGCUGCAGCUGGAAAAGAGAAGAAACAAGAGGAGGCCCCGAAGAAAGAAGAGAGCAAGUUCCAAGCCUUCACAGGGAAGAAAUACUCGCUCAAGGGUUGAACUUUCUACUUGUUUUUAUGUCUUUUGUACCUUUACUUUUCUAAAACUUUAAGAGUUGGCUGCUUUCUUAUUUAUUAUGCAACUAUUUAGUCUUUUUAUAUGUAAACUUGUGUUUAUACAUGUCUUAUUAUUAUACUUUUGACGUUUUCUAGGAGUUCAACCAUGAGUUGACCUCAUGUGCACGCUUAAGUUUUUUAUUGUAAAACUAUCAAAAUCUAUUUAUAUUUAUUUAAUAAACAUUAUUUGUUGA